CCUCCGGGCCCGGCGCGCCGGCUCCCGCCUCCUUCCCUCUCCGCCCGCUCCCGCCUCCCUCCCUUUCCGCUGCCCAGGCGGCGGGAGCCGAGCCCGAGCGCACCGAGCCGCGGCCGCAGCCGGGCGGCGGGUGCAGAGGCAGCGGCAGCGGCAGCGGCGGGGCGGGCCGCGGGCGGGCGGCGGCGGUGGCGGCGGCGAUGCGGCGGCUCCGCUGAGCCCGCCCGCGCUCCUGGCGCCGGGGGCCGGCCGCGGGAGGCGGCCCGGGCCAGGCGGCAGCAUGCGGAGCGGCGAGGAGCUGGACGGCUUCGAGGGCGAGGCCUCGAGCACCUCCAUGAUCUCGGGCGCCAGCAGCCCGUACCAGCCCACCACCGAGCCGGUGAGCCAGCGCCGCGGGCUGGCCGGCCUGCGCUGCGACCCCGACUACCUGCGCGGCGCGCUCGGCCGCCUCAAGGUCGCCCAAGUGGUCUUGUCCCUGAUCGCCUUCAUCUGCAUUGAGACCAUCAUGGAGUGCUCGCCCUGCGAAGGCCUCUACUUUUUUGAGUUUGUAAGCUGCAGCGCGUUUGUGGUGACGGCAGUCUUGCUGAUCAUGUUCAGUCUCAACCUCCACAUGAGGAUCCCCCAGAUCAACUGGAACCUGACCGAUCUGGUCAACACUGGACUCAGCACUUUCUUUUUCUUCAUUGCCUCCAUUGCCCUGGCCGCUCUAAACCACAAAACUGGAGCAGAAAUUGCCGCCGUGAUAUUUGGCUUCUUGGCCACGGCGGCAUAUGCGGCGAACACGUUCCUGGCUGUGCAGAAAUGGAGGCUGAGUGUCCGCCAGCAGAGCGCCAAUGACUACAUCCGCGCCCGCACUGAGUCCCGGGACGUGGACAGCCGCCCAGAGAUCCAGCGCCUGGACACGUGAGGAGCGCCAGGCCGCCCCCCGCCGGCUCUCGGCCCAUCCUUCCCAGCCCCUCUCCCUCGGCACAUCCGGUUGUUGCGUGAUUCAGUGGAAUGGUGGCCUCCUGGGUAGAAGUGCCGCUUGGGGAGGGGUCUCCAGGAUGGCACAGCAUGGGCCCGUGGCAGGCUGCGAAGGCCCACGUCCUGCGGGGUGGCCGACCGCCCUGGUCCACCUUCCGUGUGCACCGUCUCAGAGCACAGGCGCCCCUCCGACCCUGAACCGCACUGUCCCCUGUGCCUGUGAAGAGUCAAGACUUCGGAUUCAACCUGGCUGCUCCCAAGAAGGGGUGGGCACCAAGGGCCGAGCCGUGGGGUUGGGAGGCCAGCAGCAGCCCCUGUGUGAGACCCUGGUCCUGCUUGGGGUCACGUGAGCCUGUCUGCCAGGGUGGCCCUACUGCUUGUCAUCCACACCCAGGACACUCAGGUGGCCAGCACGGCCAAGGCCACAGACGACCAUCAGGGUCUUGGCAGGGGAAUGCUGGUGGAGCUCUUGACUGGGCCUGGGCUCCGUGGGGGUGGGGCAGGCCGUGUGCAGCUGGGACAGCUGACUCCUGUCACCCACCCCACUGCGCAGUCUCCCGACUCUUGUUCCAGUGACACCUCUGAGCCGCAGGUUCUCCUCCGGGAACACGGGGGCCAGCUUGUUUUCCAGUUUCCUUCCUGUCCCUGAGUCCUUUGAGGCUGAACUGCAGAGUCGCUGGAAUUUUACCUUCUCAGGCAGAAGCCAGCAAAGAAUCGUGGUCCACUGCAGCAGCCAAGGUGCUUGCCCUGUUGUCGGCUUUGGGACCACGGGGAGGGGGUGUGUCUGUAGGAGGUAUCCGCCUGCACCCCUGCCCUCUGCCUGUGUAGACCGGUCCAGGAUCUGGACGCACAGGGCGCAUCUUCCCAGCGGCGUUCAGGAGGCACAGUCAUCACCCGUCGCCACCAUGGGUGUCACACUGUGGACCCCAGGCCGGGAAGAAUCCUGGUUCAUUAAGGCUUUUGAUUGAUUCAUAAUCAAGUGCAGAUAUUUUUUGAGAUGCGUGAGUUCCAUGAGCUUCUCUCACAUCUUAGGGUUUGGUUUUUUUUUUUUUUUAAAUUUGAGUAAUUUUAUCUUUGAUGGAAAAAUGUUUUUUGCCUGUCCGGUGUUCACUCCUGGAGCCACUUUCAAUGUUUACAAACCUCCCUCGGGUCUCGCCUCCCCAGGCAGCGAGCCUGAUGGCUGGGAGGAUUCCGCAGCCCUGGGGAGAGGCCCCAGGCCCCCAGCCUGACGAAUGUUUACAUGACAGCCUCAGAGCAGGGAGAGCGGGCUGUGGAGGAGUGUCCCCCUGCGCCCCUGCACCCCUGCAUAGUGGAUUCUUCCCAGCAAGGUGUGGGGGAGUUCAUCCGGCAGCACCGCCGGGCUGGGGCCUCUCCAGGAAAUGGUACAAAGCUGUCUCUGAAGGGUCAGGGUCAGGGUCAGGGAUGAGCCCACUACACCCAGCAUCCCGCACAGUCCGAGUUCUGCCGCAGCUCCUGGCCGGGGCAGUGUCCCACAGGGCGUGUGUCCAAGCACCACGUCCACGCUGGGCUGGAGGUACCUUCCUCCCCCACCCCCUCCCCCAGAGGCCUGCGCCCAGCCCUUGGGUGUCAGGCACUGAUACAAGUCAAGCUUCACAAACUUGGAACUUACUUUAUGUUGUGAUUCGGGGUGGAGAGUAUGGCAUGGGGAUUUUAUCUGUUCAUUUUCUGUAUUUAUUUUGUAUCUGUCAAGUGUGUCUGCUCAGUGAGGAUGGGACUGGCUUCCCUUCGGGAGUCCCUGAGCCUUCACCCCUUGCGCCCACGAGGAGGGGCCACCCUGAGCUUUCUCAGAAAUCUCCUGGGGGGCCCCAUCGCUUGGCCCUGAGUCAGGAAAGGCUGAGCCUUUUGAAGUCAGGUUUCCCGAGUCCCCUCCGGAAAGCCGGUUUCAGGUCUGGGGUAAGGAGACAGCUGAUUGUCCAAGGAGUAGCUCCGAAGCUGACGCCAGGCAGCGAGGAGGAGCCCACGUGCCUCGUGGGACCUGGGAGCAGGUGCGCAGCCUGGUGACGCAAUCCGCGCGGCGAUUUUUGCCCCUGUAACUGCUAACAUCCUUCCCUCCCCCGUGGCUUCUGAGUCUGCCCGCGCGGUUUAUCUGGCUCCCGCUGGGACCAGAGGUGGCCGGGCACACUUCUUCUACGGCAGGCGGCACCAUCGCCCAGCUCCACCUAUAGGGCUGUCGGGAGGGGGUUGUGGCCGGCCCUGGGGUACCCGAGGGCACCUCGCACAGAAGACCAUCCAGAUCGGGGCCUUACGACGACCUCUGCAGAUGGAAGGAAGCAUAGACCUGCAUCGAAUGGUUCUGAUGUGGGCCAGCGUCAGGCUGGGGGCACUUGGAGGCUGAAGUAGCCUGACUGGUUUUUCCGGGCCUCUGAGCAGGCGGGUAUUGGCUUUCAACUCGCUUCCCUUCCGCUGGGCCUGCAGGGAGCCUGUGCAGUUAGCCCUCAGGAACACGUGCCUGACGCCCGGCGCUGCUGCCUCCGGAGAAAGGCCGCCUGGGCAGUGAGCUGGGAGGGGCUGGUUCCCUGCCAGGAGGGAACCGCUGCACCCCUCCCCGCACCGUCCCUGCUGUAGGGACCACAACCAUGAAGGCCCGAGGACGGGUGGCCCCAUGCACAGCUGGGAGAGGGCAAAGGCAGUCCCAGCCUGGAGUCUCAUCCGGAAGGCUGAGCUAAAGAACACAGCCACCCAAGGGAGGUGACUUCUGUCGAUUAUGGCAAAGCAAAGCAAGGUCUCGGCAGCCCGAGCAUGGGCAGGGCCGGCUGUGUGGGUCCGGUCCUCGGUGCCCGCAACCGUCCCCCAGCAGGAGGGCGCACACUGGCACACAGGCGCAGCGCGUCUUACCUGCACUCUGCGGGUCCCUCUGGCGAGAGCUGGGACUCCACUGAAGACCCCAGCCUCUUGGAGCUGCCAUUCUCGUCCGCCCUUCUUUGAAGCCUUCCUCGCAGUUUAGACUUGGUCAAGCCACGGGGGGCUCUGAGACAAAGCAACAAGGAUUCUGUACGCCCACGCGAGUUCUCUGUGUGUUCUGUGAAGUCUUGCUUGCCACGAAUGAGCCUCGAGUAACCCUGGUGCGUGUCCCGUCCUGCCUGUGCGUGGCCCGAGCUCGUGUCUUCUCGUGGAUUUGCAUGUGCUUCUCCGAGGGAGCUCCUCACCCGUGCGUGUGCGCUCAGAGGCGCGCCACAGUCGGGGCCCUGUCUGCACGAGACCUCCUGUGGGUUGUCUCAGAACCUGUCCCAAACAGCUGGAGAGACACGGGGCCGACGUAGUGAUCCCGAAAGGCUGUGAUGAGGUCGGUGGUUCCUGUUGUGCCAGCCACGCUGCAACCAGAGCAGCCACGAAGCGACUGGCAUUCUCUCCAGAUGGCGUUCACAGAGAAAUCACAGAGAAUACACUUUCUAGCCAGGGGCUGCUGGCUGAUUCUGAGCAAACAAGUGGCUGGUGCUGCCGGGGUCUGCUCUUAGCCUGUGGGGUCUUCAGACUCCGUCCCUGGGCUGUGUGACUGCAUCUGCACUGGCUCCCUGGGCUGUGCAGGGGUCCGUGGGAGACAGGGGGGAAGAGAGGGAUCCCCCAGCACCCCCAGCCUGGGUCUCGCCACACACACCAAGUGUCCCAGUCAGCAUGGGGCAUGAGCUGAGUGCCGGACACUGGUUUGCCAGGGAGAGGCGGGCUCCCGGCGCCUUGUUUGGGAACCCAUGGUCUGGGCUCAGAUGUCCUCCCAGGCAGGACGCAGGCCAGCCCCUACCACCCUUGUGCUUCGUCAGCUGUGAGUCUGCCAGUUCCCCUCUCUGUAGAAGGUGCCAUGAAAGUCAGGCCUGGUCGGGAAAGUCAUUCACCGCCAUGUUUGACAUUUUGUUUCUUUUAAACACUCUCAAGGAAAAACGCCUUCAGCGUCUGUUAGCUCUUGAGGAAGGUUCUGGAAGAGAGGUUUCCAUGGCCUUUUCUCAUAGCACACAUCGUCUGUACACACGUGUGCAUGUGGCCCUGAAAUGGGCGUGUCCUGGCCUGGUCUCCCUUCCUUGUCUGGAAUAUGUUCUUGUCCUUGUGGGUACGAUUUCCCAACCUUUGGGAUUUUUAAAAUUCUUUUCAUUUCUGGUUUUCCUUAUUCCAUAAACAGUAAAGAAAAGCAAGUGACCCACAGACCCGCUGAGCCGGAGUCGCUGGCGACCUGUCUAGGGUAGAGUUUGGACCGUGAGCCCUCGCAGGGUUAGUUUGCUCUCCCUAGGCAGCUUGUUCUCCUGCACCCUUGGGUGGCAGGGCGGCUGCAGCACAGAACACACAAAGGCCUUAGGUUACGGCGCUGAGCGCGCCCGGUGAGCCGCCGAGACGUGUAUGGCUCUGAUCGCCAGGUGGGAGGUGUCGCGCCUCCUGCAUCAGCCUCGUGCUGGGGUUUAGGGCCAGCUGUUUCUCACAGUUGCGCCUGCAAGGAGAGGGACUGCAAACCAAGAGGGUGAGGACGGUGUGUGUGGGAGUCAGGCCUGAUCCAAAACUGCCAAGAGACACGGGGACCCUGGCAGGAGUGGCCUGGGCCUGGCCCCCAGAGGGGGCCGCCUGCUCCCAACCCUUCCACGUAGUAACCCACAGAGAAGUGAGUUUCCCAACUUUGCCUUGUGGUCAGACGGGCCUGUCCGGACCAAAUCAGUGCUCUCAUAACUUAAUGUUGCUCCACAUGGCUCCUUCUGAGACAGCGCGACCCAGGGAGACGCGCUCCCCAGGGAGACGAUCUGUAUAUGUUGAACACGCAAGGGUUCAGGAACCCGAGGCAGAAACACUAAGCUAUUUAUUACAAGUGUGACUGUAUCAUUUUCUUUUUGCAAAGCAGGCAAUUCUUUGUAUAUUUUAAGACAAACACUCACGUCACCUUUGGUGCCUUCCAUGCGUCACUGAAGCACUCUUGUCAAUCAUGGAGUCGGAAAAAAAGAUGUACAUUUAGGUAAACCAGAUAACACUAUUUUUGUAGCAUGAGUUUAGAUUGUGUCCUUUUACUAUUGCUUUCCACAGCGCUUUAAACUUCAUAUGUAUUUUUUAAAAGAAACCCCCCCCCCCCCCGCAGCUCCAGUCUCCUCUGCCACUUCCCCCCAGUACCACGUUUCUGCUGAUUCAAGUCAUCUGAGAGUACACUUCUGUGACCUCAUUAUGAACUGGUGGGCUUGCAUCUGGCAUCUUUUAUCCACUCAAUCAGUGUGGAGGGCCACUGUUCACCUCAGAACAGGAAGAGGAAGGGUUGCCCUAUCUCGAAGAGAGAGCCUGCGUCUGGCUCCCUGCCUGUGCCCCGGCCGCGCGGGGCACCUGCGGCCCAGCGAGCAGGCCCCUGCCCAUCUCCGGGGCUGAGUCACAUCCCGGGACACCUGCUGGGCCGCUGCAGAUGGGGGAGGGGUGUGUGUGUGUGUGUGUGCAUAGCCCUCGGCCCCCCACCCUCGAUGAUCUGCCCACCCAGGAAGUCAGACAGCUAAGUAAUCACUUUGCAACUUAAUCACCCAGGGGCACCUCCCCUGGCAGCGCUUCUGGCGGGGGUGGGGGCGGGGCGGCAUCCAGUGACCAUUCACUUGCUCCUCCAAGGUCUGUGUCUUCUCCACAGCUCGGACACAGAUCCGGCCGUUCUGAGGUGGUGCCGCUCGGCCAACUCUGGACUCUGCACAGCUGCCAUCCUGGCUUCUCACGGGGACAGGGACGCCCGGGGGGGGGGCCAGCCGAUGUGGCCCCCGUAGUUUCCUUUGAAGGACCCGUUUUUCAUGGUACUUGUCUUGUUUUCAUAGUGUGCAAAUCUGUAUUUUUGUAUGUAGAGGGAAAUAAUUUUGUCAACACUAAUCACUAAUAUUGUACUAAAUUGUCAUGAAGGAGUUCCUGGUUAAUAAAUGGACACGUAAACGCA